AUGUCUCUUAUCUAUGGGUUAGUAGCUCGAGGCUCAGUCAUUCUGGCUGAACACACUGAUUCUUCUGGCAAUUUCACUCAAGUCACUCAGGCAAUUCUUGAAAAAAUUCCACCAAAUAAUUCAAAAUUAACUUACGUUUAUGACAGAUAUCUUUUCCAUUAUAUUUGUGAGGAUGGUCUCACUUAUUUGUGUAUGGCUGAUGAUUCUUUUGGACGACGAAUUCCUUUUGCUUUUUUGCAAGAUAUAAAGGAAAAGUUUUUAGCUAAUUAUUCAAAAGACAGAGCAAACACAGCUCUGCCUUACGGUAUGAACGAAUUUUCAAAAGUCAUUGAAAAACAAAUGAAAUAUUUCUCGAAUAAUCCAGAUGUUGACAAAAUUAAGCAAGUGCAUGGAGAGGUUGAACAAGUUAAGGAUGUUAUGGUUACUAAUAUUGAACGUGUUUUGGCACGUGGUGAAAGAAUUGAACUUUUGGUCAACAAGACUGAUAAUCUAAAUCAACAAGCAUUUGCCUUUAGAAAGAGAAGUACUGCAUUGAGGCGGUCAAUGUGGUGGAAGAACACAAAAUUAAUGAUCCUUUUAGGAUUCGUCAUCAUUGUAAGUAUAAAAUUAAAACUUUUUAUUUAA